AUGAUUCCCUCCAGAGCAAUUGCGCGGUCUGCGCUCCCACGUGCUGGACGCUCAAUCCGCGUAGCCCGUCGACAACAGACCCGCUUGCAGUCAACUUCAGGACCGACGGCAAGCUCAAGUAGCUCUCAUUUUGGAGCUGGUGUCGCCGGUGGUUUGGCUGGCGCCGCCUUGCUUUACGGCAUCUACUCCUUCACCCCCGCCGGUCGCACUGCGGGAAAGCUCAACCAAGCUGCGAAGGAGGCAGAGAAGAAAUACGAGGCAGCUGCGAAGAAGCUUCAACAGAACACGCCGACAGCUGAUCAGGCUGUCGAUGCCAUCAGACAAUUUGCCUACUCAUACGUGGGCUGGAUACCCGGCGGCCGCUCCUACGUGGAUGCUGCUUUCAAUGAUUGGGACACCGUCCGGAAGAAUCAUCGCGAAGAAGCGGAUCAGAUCAUCAACGAUGCAUACAAGCAAUUCCAGGAAGUGUCCAAGUCAGGAUUGAGCUUGGAGGCGGCUUCCAAAGCCUACGAUGCCCUCGCAGACCUUUCCAAGAAGAUUGCGAACCUCUCCGGCGACGCCUUCUCAGACAUCAUUGACAACCAUCCACAACUGAAAGAGAAACUGGGCGGGAACAUUGACCAACUAAAGCAGAUGGGCGAACAAUACGGCCCGGAAGCAAAGAAGCAAGUCGAUGAGACAUGGAGCCAGAUCAAAGACAUAAUGGCCGGUGGUUUCAGUGCUAGCAGCUUGGCCAAGGCACGCAAGGUCAUUGACGAGAAGGUGCAGAAGAUCAAGGAGCUCGGAGACCAGGCAUGGCAGAAGGCUCUGGAAGAGGCCAAGCCUUUUCUCGACAAGAACCCUAAAGUCAAAGAGCUGGUGGACAAGAACGCAGAUGCCCUGAAGCAGGGCAACGCCAAGGAGCUUUUCGACAAGGCUCGAUCUGCUGCUGAGUCUGGCGAUCUCGGCGAUUUGGAGAGUUACAUAAGCAAUGCCACAGAGAAGGCGAAGUCAAAGGGAUCCGAGCUCGCUAGUGGAUCAGGCUUAGAAAAAUACCUGAAGAUGAUUCCACAGGGUGAUGAGAUUUUGCCGAAACUCCAGGAACUUGGUCAGGUUGCUGAGAAGCACAAGGAUGAAGGAGAGAAACUAUUCAAGGAAACUGUAGAGGAAUUGAAGAAGGUCCUCGAUGACAAAGCCCAAAAGGCUCAAAAGAUCCUGGACAAGGCCAAAAAAGACGCUUAA